UUAAUUAUAUUUAUAUUGCAUUAGGAAUUUUUUAAAAUAAUAUUCUUAUUCAUGUAACAUUAUUAUGGAGUUUGGUAAUGAAGAAUUUGAGACUUUUGAAGAUGACAUUUAUAGAGAUGAUUUUUCAACUAACAGUGAAAGUGAUAUAGAAGGAUAUUUAUACAGUCAAGUGCAUUAUGCUUCAAAUCUAGAUAUUGGUACAAGUUUAGAUAAUGGUUUCAACCUUAAUGAAUCUAUCACAGAAGAAUAUCCUGAGAUGCAAUGAAGUGAUAUUUGUUGUUGUAGAAAUACAAAGAAGUGAUUACUUUGUUUUGGGUGAAAAAGAAAAACAUAAAAAGGAAGCAGUGAAACCCCUGUUUGGUGCAAAUCAUUGGGAACUUGAUGAAUUGGAUAUGUUAGAUAAUAAUGACUCUCAAAAAAAUUUUAAACAUGUUUCGCGAUACUAUGUAACUUCAAGUCUACCAAACAUAUUUUGUUACAAUUGUGAUGAAAGAGGACAUUUAAUGCGAGACUGUUCAAAGCCAAAGAAAAUUCCAACUUGUUAUUUAUGCGGUGGUAACCACGCACGCCAUAAGUGCAUAAAUGAUUUAUGUUACAAUUGCAUGAAUCCAGGGCAUAUAUCAAAGGAUUGUAAAGAACCUCGUUUGUCAUAUCAACAGACAUGUUUAAGAUGUAAUUUUCAGGGGCACACAAAAAAGAAUUGCCCAGAGAUUUGGCGUCAGUACCAUUUAACUGUUGAAGAUGGUAAAAUUGUAAAGCCUAAUAAAUAUAAAACAAACAAAACUCGUUAUUGUUACAACUGUGCAUCUAAAAAGCACUUUGGGGAGGACUGCUUGAAGCAAAGGUUUUCUUGCAGAAUUUAUUACUCUCAAUUUGUUGUAUGUUACGAUAAAUGUUCGAACACAGGCAUUAAAUCAAAGAGCCAUAAAAAUAACAUAAUUACUUCUGAAAUAAAAGUUGAUCGUUCCCAUAAAAUGAAUAAACAGGACUCAUCACAUCUUACUCUUUGUAAAAACAAAAGUUCUGAAAAUUUAAAGGAGGAAAAGUUAAACAAAAGUCAUGAAUUAUAUCUUGAGACCAGACUUAAUGGCAGUAUGAAAUCGAAUUCUCAUGAUAAUUCCAAACUGAAUAUCAAUUCCAAUCUUGAUUGCAAUAUUAAAAAUUCUAAGACUGCCCAAAAAGAAAAAGUGAAUGAAAAAGAAGCUUUAGGAGUUUCAGAAACGAAAUAUAUGGGAGAAAAUUUAUAUUCAAAAAAAUGUUCAGAAGCUAAGAAAAAAGAUAGAAAAAGGAAACACGCAACUGAGAAUAUUGAAAAAGAUUCAGAAAGCAAAAAAGUAAAAAUACAUGAAUCAGAGAAAGAAAAAAAUGACAAGUCGUUGUCAAAAUCUAAAAAUAAGAAAAAAUCUAAAGAUGAUCAAAUUAUAAAAAAAAAAGAUAGGAAAAUCAAAGAAGAAAAAAAAGAAAAGCGAAAGGAGCGAGAGCAAGACAGGAAAGAAAAUUUUAAAUUGUUUAAUGCCAUCAGUUCAAAAGUGAAAAAGCGUAAAGUUGAAAACAUGUGGUUAAACAAUGAAGAUACAAUACCAAAUGAAAUUCGCUUUUCAAUGUUAAAAGAGUUUGGAAUUUCUUGUGAUAAUGAAAACACAGAUGAUGAAGUAUCAAAAGUACCAAAAAAACUAAAUUAUAGUUCUUUUUUAAGCAAAAUAAAAGAAAAAGGUGGUAUUGAUUUUAUUAAAAAUGAAGAUUUUAUUCCUGUUGGUUUAGCGUCAGAAGAAGAGUUACGUUAUACUACUACAAUUAAAAAGUUUGAAAAUAAAUACAAUCGUCGCAGAAAUAAGAAAAUAGAGAAGAAGAAACAAGUAUCAAUUGAAAUUUCCUCAUCAGGAAAAAAACUUUCUUUAACCCCUAGUCUCGAUAAAGUUACUCUAAACAAUGUUCGAGAUAUCAUUUUGUAUUCAGACCCUGAGGAAGAAGUUGAUUUAAGGUCUCAAGAGGCGAUUUUACGCUCUAACCCUGAGAUUAAUAUAUCCGAUGAAGAUGUUUCUUAUGAUCACGAUUUAAUUAAAGACAAAGUUUUUUCAAAAAAGUCUUAUCAUAAUGGAAAAUUGAUUGGUUGUUUAACUCAGUACAAUCCAAACGAAGUACACCAAGACCAUUUGGUUACCUAUGGACUUAUCAAACCUACUCAAGAUUUUAAAAGAGAUUUGAUAAAAAACGGUUCUCAAAAGGUUUUUAAUUUAAAAUCAGUCGAUGAAACGAAACGCGUGCACAAAAAAUGGUUCCGUUAUGGUUCAAGUAAUAAGAAAAAUAGUCAAUUAAAUUCAUCGAAAAAUAAAAUAGUUUUUCGUGGUUUCCAGUCGUUUAUGACAAAGAAAUAAUAUUUUGAUAUUAAAUUUCAAUAAUUUUAA